UUGGACGCGACGACAUCGCUCGUCACGCGUUAGCCCGAAUGUUAAAUAUUGUAACCACUGUUAUCAUUUUUGCUCCCAUUUAGGCCCUCGUAUAUCUUGCCAGCUCGACGGCAUUGAGCAUGUCUUCGCCUUGGUCGCAAUUAUUCCCAAUCACCAACUUUCAGCUAGGAUUUACGACCUUCUCGCCCUCUCCUGCAUCCAUUGCCGAGCUCGAUGUCAUAUCAGUCCCGCUCGCAGAUUCUCCUCUUGGGAUACACAAAAUCACGCACUCGUUGACUCACAAGGUUGUAUGCCCACCGCCCUCUCUCCAUCCAUCUUCGGAUGAUCCUCAGCUCGCUUGGGAGGCCAGAUAUCCCAAGGGUUCCUGCAGCCCCCAAACGGAAAUCCGUGGUGGAUUCGGAUUUUAUCUUGGUGGACCUAAAGAAAUUGUAUCGUUGUUGGAUGAAGGCGCAAAAGAAACAGUUUUUGGAUAUCGGGUGAUGUUUGAGAAAGGUUGGGAGUGGGUCAAAGGAGGGAAAUUGCCAGGAAUGUAUGGUGGCGUCGGCGACUUCGCCUAUAGAUGCUCUGGUGGACGGCAGAACGACCGUUGCAAGUGUUUUGAUGUUCGUCUCAUGUGGAGGCGUGAUGGGAAAGGAGAAAUUUACGCCUAUCUACCUAUGAAUGAGACAAAUACAAAAGCACUUCUUGCGGUUCCUCCAUACUCCAAAGCCAACCCUGAUUACGGGAUUUCAGUCGGAAUCGGCGCAUGGACCUUUGGGUCAGGUGUCUGGACGACUAUAGCACAACGUGUUAAACUCAACGAUGUCGGCAGAGCUGAUGGAGAACUCCAGCUCUGGAUUAACGGCGAAUGCGUAAUCCACGCAAAGGGGCUGAUUUUCCGAGAAGACGAGGGAUCCCAUAUCAAGGGCAUGCAUUUUCAGACGUUUUUUGGAGGACAUGAGUCCGAUUGGGCAUCAUCCAAAGAUCAACGUGCCUGGUUUUCCGACGUCUCUGGAGCGGUCAUUCGUUGAUAUUUGUUCUCUGAACGAGUUAUUCGGCGUUCGUUCAUACUACGCGUAUCUCUACAAUACAUCUCUAGUAAGGCAUUUAGCCAUAUAUCUUGACUGAUCGACUCAGCCCCCUUUUGAUUUUCUUUGUUUGAAAUGUGUCAUGAUACGCAUGCCUUCCAAUUUAUUUUUGAACGUGCCCUAGGGUACUUUGAUUGACU